GGUUGCCGACUCUCUCUGGUAAAUGAAGGAGGUUUCUGUUUUAAGAAAGAGUGAGACUUCUCAGCCGUUGAUUCACUGCCCACGGGGAGCCUGCGGAGCCGAAGCUUCCUCUCCGUGGAGAUUUGCAUACAACAUCCACUUCCUGCUUCGCAGCCUGCUCCACCGCUUACCUGGACCCGGAGAGGGCGAGGGAGGUCUGAGCGGCCCAAGGUGGAGCCCCGUGGCCGAGCCAGCGACCACCCCCCGGGCCUGCCUGUCUGCAGCGGCGAUCGGAGAAACUAGAAUGAACCGAAGCAUUCCUGUGGAGGUUGACGAAUCAGAACCAUUCCCAAGUCAAUUGCUGAAACCAAUCCCAGAAUAUUCCCUGGAAGAGGAAUUGGAACCACCUGCUCCAAACACAAGGAACAUGGCACCCAGCAGCUUGUCUGCACUCCAAGCCCCUCACCAUGCUUCAGGAGACCUUUGUCAGGCUCACCCUCCCCUGAAACUUGCGAAUCACCAGCCUGUGUCACAACAGGUCACCUGCCUGCGUACUAAAGUCCUGGAGGAGAGUGAAGCCAGUUUCUUGAGAAGGCACCCCGACUCUGACAAAGGGGGUUGUUCCUGCUUGUCCGAAGCCAGCGAGCCUGAGUCCGAGUCUGUGCUUGGAGCCCUCCCUCCAGAGCACCGGUUUUCACUUAUGGAAAAACGCCAUCGACGCCUGGGAUCUCAGCUUUCAGCACCUUCUCCCGACACUGGCCACGACUCAGACAAAUCGGACCCAAGUUUACCUAAUGCUCUGGCAGACUCCUCCAGUGGCGGCCAAGAGACGAUACCUCGGCCCUGGCCCCAGGAACAGAGCAGCCCAGAUGUGCCCACAAUAGACACCGGAUAUGAUUCCCAGCCCCAAGACGUCCUGGGCAUCAGGCAGCUGGAAAGGCCACUGCCCCUCACCUCCACAUGUGACCUGCAGGACCUCCCUGGGCCUCUGAGGUCCAGGGAGUUCCCUCAGUUUGAACUUCAGAGGCAUCCAGCACAUGCGCAGAGGCUGCCUCUCAAUCCUUCCCCACAGGCUCCAUGGAACUAUCAGUAUCAGUGCCCUGGAGGGCCCUAUCACCAGGCGCCAUACGCUCAGGCCUACCCUCCAACAGCCUACCAGCAAGUCAUCCAGCCUGCCCUGCCCGGGCAGGUCCUUCCUGGGGCAAGGGUGAGAGGCCUGUAUCCUGUGCAGAAGGUCGUCCUGAAUGACCCCAGCCCCCAGGACCAAGGAGAGAGACCUGCACAGAGAGACUUCUCUUUCCCAAGGCUCCCAAGGGACCAGCUCUAUCACCCACCGUCUAAUGGAGCUGGAGCGCCUGAGGCGUCCUUGGAACAUCCUGCAGAGCUGAGACCACAGGGUCCCCAGACUCCCUCCCCAGCUGCUGUGCCUAGACCCCCUAGCAACCCCCUAGCCCGAGGAACUCUAAAAACUAGCAAUUUGCCAGAGGAAUUACGGAAAGUCUUUAUCACUUAUUCUGUGGACGCAGCCACGGACGUGGUGAGAUUGGUGAACUUUUUGUUGGUGAAUGGCUUCCAAACGGCAAUUGACAUAUUUGAGGAUAGAAUCCGGGGUAUUGAUAUCAUCAAAUGGAUGGAACGCUACCUUCGAGAUAAGACAGUGAUGAUAAUUGUAGCAAUCAGUCCCAAAUACAAACAGGAUGUGGAAGGCGCCGAGUCGCAGCUGGACGACGACGAGCAUGGCUUACAUACUAAGUACAUCCACCGAAUGAUGCAGAUCGAGUUCAUAAAUCAAGGAAGCAUGAAUUUCAGAUUCAUCCCUGUGCUCUUCCCAAAUGCCAAGAAGGAGCACGUGCCCACCUGGCUUCAGAACACUCACGUUUACAGCUGGCCCAAGAAUAAGAAAAACAUCCUGCUGCGGCUGCUCCGAGAGGAAGAGUAUGUGGCUCCUCCCCGCGGUCCUCUGCCCACCCUUCAGGUGGUGCCCUUGUGACACCAGCCGUCUCCAGCCCAGUGCAGUCCUGUUCUCACCGCAUCCUUCUGGCUGAGACCGGGUGGUGGCACCCAGGCCUGUCUCUGUGUCUUCUAGGGGGAGUCAGGCCCCAGAACACCUCUUCUGCGGAGUUCUCUGCCUCCUAACACUUGGCUGCUCUGUAUUUCCUGCCUUUUACAAAACACACAAGGUGCCCGGGUCCUCCUGAGCCUGAGUUGCCCACCUUGGGCUUCCAGUACUUUCAGCGAGUGGAUACUACAGGGGAUGGAUGGCAGCAAACGUCUAUAACCACUAUACUAUAACUAAAACGCUCGUCACUUCAGCUGCGUUUAUGAGUUGGCCAGAUGCUGUGUCCUUAGACCAAUCUGACUCAUGUCCAAAUAAUAAAAUGAUUACUCUUCGUAAGAA